AUAAAAACAAAGUACGGUAGGUCAGGCCAUUUAACGUCAAAAUCAUAUGUUAAAUGUUAAUUUUCAUUUAAAAAAAUUUAGGUGAAUGUGUCGAAGACGGAAGAUUUGAAAACGUUUCGAUAGGAAAUGUACAGGAUGCAAAGGAAGACAUCCAAAGGGAGAAAAGACAACCAAAAGACGAGAGACAAAAAUUGCGGUAGAACUCGAAAAAGGGAGGGAAAUCCGGACAUGUCACAACGUCUUACGAUCCCGCACGAUUUCUAUCACAACGGCAUCGAGCCCACUUCAUCCCAAAGAACCCCUAACGGUACCAAAAUCAGCAAAGACUACAACGUAGAAAAGUGCCGCGGAAUCUUCGACGAGUGCCCCAACAUCCGAAGAUCCGAAAGGCUCCUCAAAAGGAACUUCAGCCAAAACCAGUUCAAUGGUAAUUGCACCGAAGACAACACCAAUCAGAAACUCUGCAACGCCUCCGAAGAAGACUUCCAAAAAGUAUUCAACAAAUACCUAAACCUGAAUUCGUACAAGCCCGUCGACGUGCUGGUCCCCAACGAGCCCCUCAAAGAGGAGGAAGAGGCGCCGCCGAAGCGCCCCUUCAAACGCACCAAAAGCAUAUUCGACGAAAUCAACGAGCUCUACAAUCAACCGAGCAAGAAACCCAAAUUGGCCGACGGCCCCCCGACAGGGCCCCCCAGCGAUCGGGCCUUCGUCGAGUCGGUGCGCCGGCGACUCGCCGGGCACUACGCGCCCGGCCGCAAGGCGUUGCUCACGUGCAAAUCGAAGAUCUUCACGGAAUUGAAUCGCAUCGAGGAGAUUCUGUCGGGCAAGGCGGCGAUGGAGGAGCCCGCGAGAGAGCAACAACGCGCCGAUUUCUACGAGGAUCAUUCGGAGGAGGCGGACGAUUCGAAUUGGCGGUAUUUCUCGAAGUUCGAAUGGGUGUUCGAGACGCCGCCGACGCAGAAAAUCGUCCCGCCUAAAUUGGAAGACAAUCAAUUGCAACCGGCCGUUAUUUACAGCACGAGGAAGCACACGCAGGUGUUCGAAUUGGAUCGGAACGAUAAGGAGACUUUGAUCGAAUUCGAAGGGCGCCAGAACGUUUUGAUCGAUAAACGUGCGAAGCACGUUUACCCUUCGAUGCAAGUUGAUUCGGACAAGGAACCUUGUUCCAGUAAAACCUUUACGAAUUGUAGUCAGAUUGUUUCCAAUGAGAAAGUUUUCAACUUCAGUCAACCUCAACAAGAAACGUUUUUGAACGCUUUCGCGAAAUCGUCGAGAAAUAAUUACAUGGAAGAAUCGAAAGACGCUUGCGGAGGUGGAGCGAUUAAGGCGAAGCGCAAACUGGAAAACGUCCUCAGUCAGGACUUGUUCGUUAAUAAGGCGAUGCCGGAACGGCGUUACGCGAAGAAUAAGGCGACUUUCGAUCGGCGACAAGUCGACGAAGAAACGACCGGCGAGUUUACCUUGAUAGAGGCCGGUAGAUUGUGUUCGGAGAAGAAUUUGGAAUUCGAUUUUCGAAACGCGCCGGGCGACAAUCGAGUCUACACGGAAUUCGGUUUUCCUUAAGGGCGUUUUCGCAACGUGCAAUAAAUUGCCGCGACAAAUUGCAUUGCAGUUGAAUACAAGCGUUUAUUUAUACAAGCGAUAUUGCAGCAAUACAGAGUUGUUAAUUAAUGCAAUGUACUUAUUUUAAGGGAUGAUUCUUGAGUUACUUUUGAGUCGAAAAGUUCAUAUAAAGAUAUGUCAUCCGAGGCUCGGUUUUCGAUAUACAGGGGUUGCAAAGUUUUAUUUUUAUUUAGGUUGUUUUCAUAAAUUUGAAAAACCGU